AUGGCCCAGCUUAAACAUAAGAACAGAAAAAACGCCGACGUAAUUUCCAAAUCGCGUGCAGCUAAGGCGUCGCUUCUUACGGGCAUGACUGUGGUCGCGUUUUUGCAAUUGUUGUACCAUGCGUACUGGGCCAUUAGCUCCGUCUAUUCCCAUAGAUUUGGAGGAAAAUUGAACUCGUUGGCCGUUGUGAUUGGUACUCUCGCAUUGAAUCUUUUUGUGACCAUAAAGGUACUUUUAUUCUUUGAGACGCGUUUGUUGAGCGACCAGAUUGAUGCGGAUCACAAGAAGUAUCUUUAG